UCCGGGCGGAAGGCUUAGCGCGGCGGACCUGCCGGGAAACUACUUCCGGGGCAGCCCGUCCCUAAUCCCGGACCGCCCGACUCGCCACGAUGGGGAUCCUGGAGAAGAUCGCCGAGAUCGAGAAGGAGAUCGCCCGGACCCAGAAGAACAAAGCUACGGAGUACCACCUUGGUCUGCUGAAGGCCAAGCUCGCCAAGUACAGAGCUCAGCUUCUAGAGCCUUCCAAAUCGGCUGCUGCCAAAGGGGAAGGCUUCGAUGUGAUGAAGUCGGGAGAUGCCCGGGUGGCGCUGAUCGGUUUCCCUUCUGUGGGUAAGUCCACGUUUCUGAGUUUAAUGACUUCCACAGCUAGUGAAGCAGCUUCUUACGAAUUCACCACACUGACCUGCAUUCCUGGAGUCAUCGAGUACAAAGGAGCCAAUAUCCAGCUUCUAGAUCUUCCUGGGAUCAUUGAAGGAGCCGCUCAAGGAAAGGGCCGAGGACGCCAAGUGAUUGCGGUGGCCCGGACCUCAGAUGUCGUCAUCAUGAUGUUGGACGCCACAAAGGGCGAAGUGCAGAGAGCUCUUUUGGAAAAGGAACUAGAAACGGUGGGCAUCAGGCUGAACAAAAAUAAACCCAACAUCUACUUCAAGCCCAAGAAGGGGGGCGGCAUCUCCUUCAACUCCACCGUGACCUUGACCCAGUGCUCGGAGAAGCUGGUGCAGCUCAUCCUCCACGAAUACAAAAUCUUCAACGCCGAGGUGCUGUUCAGGGAAGACUGUAGUGCAGAUGAAUUCAUCGAUGUGAUUGUGGGCAACCGGGUGUACAUGCCCUGCCUCUACGUUUAUAACAAAAUUGACCAGAUCUCCAUGGAAGAGGUGGACCGCCUGGCCCGAAGGCCCCAUAGCGUGGUCAUUAGCUGUGGCAUGAAGCUGAAUUUGGACUACCUCCUGGAAACCCUGUGGGAAUACCUGGCUCUCACCUGCAUCUACACCAAGAAAAGAGGCCAGAGGCCUGAUUUUUCAGAUGCCAUCAUUCUGCGAAAAGGGGCCUCCGUACAGCAUGUGUGCCAUCGAAUUCACCGGACGUUAGCCGACCAGUUCAAGUAUGCCCUUGUGUGGGGAACCAGCACCAAGUACAGCCCUCAGCGCGUGGGGCUCAGCCACAUGGUGGAGCACGAAGACGUCAUCCAAGUGGUUAAGAAGUAACCGCCCCUACCUUGCUCCCCUCCGUAGCGUUUCCACGCAGCUUAACUGCGAAGUGUGUAAGGACUCAGCUGCUCCACCUGGCCAAAGGAGGCGGGGCAGGGAGGACACUUUCCCCCAAUUCCAGGAAGGAGAGGAGACGCAGCCACAGAGGGGGAGGCGCUUUUUCGGGACGCAGAAGGACCAGAACGGGAACCUGGUUCCGAUGGCUACCUUGGGGGAAGCUUGUCGUUGAGGGUCCUUCGAUGGGCGAUGAUUUGAAGCAGAGCGAUGGUAGCAGCCUGGCGACCUCUGGCCUCAGAUGUGUGACCUGGGGAAUGGGAUGUCUGAUCCGGAAUGAGGACCCUGCCUUUCUCUCUUCAGCCUUGUCACCUCUUCUCCGAAGGAAGGAUCCGGCCACGGGUGGGAGGGAGCCUGGAUGAAUGAGUCCUCCUCCUCCCUCCCUCCCUCCCUCCCC